CCACCUUGACCUAAUAAGUUUUUUCAAUUGAGUUCUUUGUUACCGUCUCAAGACGUUCUCUCCGUUAGAGUACUGCCUACAUGUAAGCAGUACGUAAAUUACGGUUUCAGUUUCAUUACAGUAUGAACAUAUUCCGGUGUCAUGUUUUCCUUUAAUGUGUAAACCACUAUUUAGUGCUGUAAGCCCUAUUCUUAGGCUGGUUGAUCAGGUUUCCUCCUGUCUGCUUCUUUUGCAAACUCAUCUGCUUCCUCAUUCCCCUAAAUACCCGUGGGUGCUGGAACCCAGCGCUGCUGUAAACUACGCCAAAAACACCCGCUUCCACCGGUUUCACACACUUUAAUGGUCGAACUGAAAGUCAGAGGGGUUCCUCCGAAGGUCAAGAUAUGGCGAUGCCCUAUGACCAGAGAAACAUGAAAAAAGCGGAGGAUGCGGUCCAGUCUCUUACCGAGGCCAUUAAUUCCGGAGAUAAAGCUGAGGCAGUGCGAUAUCUGGAUGAACUUCUGCCUUUACAUGUACCGGUCUGUGUGCAGCUCAACCCGGAGGUUUACUCUUCAGAGAUCAUCAGGCUGAGAGUUGGGGUCGAGGACGCCCUGUCUGAUGUCAGCAUCCCUAUUACGAUGCUGGUGAAUCCAGCAAUGAGAAUCAGUGAGCUAAAAGAUAAGAUCAACCAUGACUAUGGCUUCCACCCGUCCCUGCAGUGCUGGGUUAUCGGGAAACGCAUUGCGAAAGACGCAGACACUCUGUUCAGCCACAACGUAACAGAGGAUAACUACCAGGCCUACCUCUUUAUCAGAUCUGCACAGGCUGCCAACCUCAGUCGCGAGCAGCAGAAGCAGGAGGAGGAGGAUAGACGGCUAGGAGGUAUAAUUGAGAACAUUGAGACGUUCAGCCUUCAAGCCAGAGGCACAGUCGAGGGAGCAAGAAGGAAACAUCCUCCAGUGCCUAUAAAACAAAACCCACCAAAACCACCAGUUAAACCUAAACCGGUUGGCUGGUCAUGCCCGCAAUGCACCUAUGUGAACAAACCCACUCGGCCUGGCUGUGAAAUGUGCAGCACUGACAGACCCACAAACUACAAAGUGCCAGAUUUGUAUCAGCCAGACGAAGAUGAGAUCCUGAGACUUCAGCAGGAGGAGCUGGCUAGUUUACAGUAUGAACAGUCCAUUGUAGAGGAACGAGAGAAGAAUUUUUACAAUCUUCUGGAAAUUGAUUCUCAGAAUCUUGUGAGCAACACAGAGGAGCUGGACUGCACAAUCUGUUUUUGCCCUGUCAUGCCAGGAGAGGGAGCCACACUUCGAGAAUGCCUUCACAGCUUUUGCAGAGAAUGUCUGAAACAAACCAUUGUGAACUGUACAGAUGCAGAAGUACAGUGUCCUUACCGGGACGAUGAGUAUGCUUGUGCCUAUACACUCCAAGACAGAGAGAUUAAAACACUCCUGUCGGCAGAAGAGUACCAGAAGUUCGAGGAACUGAGGCUGAGCAUUGCUGAGUCUCGCAGUGAGAACAGCUACCACUGCAAGACCCCCGACUGUGGCGGAUGGUGCAUCUUUGAGGACGAUGUUAAUGAGUUUAUCUGUGAUAGCUGUGGUGAGAAAAACUGCCUCCUCUGCAAGGCUAUUCACAAAGACAUGAACUGUAAAGAGUACCAAGACGACCUUCGCAUCAGAGCAGAGAAUGACACUGCAGCCAAAAAGACCACCGAGAUGCUUGAGAUGUUGGUGACCAAUGGGGAAGCCAUGUACUGCCCUAAGUGUAAGGUGAUAGUGCAGAAGAAGGACGGCUGUGACUGGAUUUGCUGCCUGAUGUGCAAGACAGAAAUCUGCUGGGUGACCAAGCAGGCCAGAUGGGGGCCUCUGGGUAAUGGAGACACAUCAGGUGGCUGCAGGUGUCGGGUAAAUGGAGUCCUCUGUCACCCAAGAUGCCAAAACUGUCACUGAUCUCAAUCAUGUCUCUUCUACCAUCAUGCAGAUAUGUGUACUGUAGGUACACUUACAUUGUAGUAAUGUAUAGUGGGAGAAAAAUAAUGGGACUAGUGGAGCAAAACUGUGGAUUGGUCUUUAAACUUUAUUAAGGGGUGUGUAAUCAGGUGACCUGUGAGUCAGUUGGUGGAUGGGUGUGUGAUUUAUAAUGGGAUGUAGAUAUGCCUUGUAAUAUUAUAUUAAAAAUAAAUAAAUACAUUGAAAAUAUGGUAUGGUAUGGAAUGGUGUAACCAAAAGAUGAAUUGUUGCCUGAGGGUUAAGCAUUAAGGAUAUCCUCUAUUUACAGUUGCAAAAAAGUGUGUGAAUCCUUUGGGAUUACUUGGAUUUUUGCAUAAAUUGGUCAGUAAAUGUGUUCUGAUGUCAGUAAAUGUGAUCUUCAUCUAAAUCACAAUAGACAAAAACACAGUCUGCUUAAACUAAUACCACACAAAAUCUAUGUUUGAAUGGUUUUAUUUAACACAUGUUAACAAUCACAGUGCAGGGUGGAAAAUGUAUGUGACUCUUCUUUGGCAGCAAUAACCUCAACCAAACAUUUCCUGUAGUUGCAGAUCAGACCUGCAGAUCGUUUAGGAGGAAUUUUGGACCAUUCCUCUUCACAAAACUGUUUCAGCCCCCCCUCCUGUGAAUGUUAACACGUUGGGGUCAAUAAACCAAUGGUGGUACUAGUUUAAGCAGACUGUGUUUGUCUAUUGUUGUGAUUUAGAUGAAGAUCACACAUUUAAUGACCUAUUUAUGCAGAAAUCCAAGUAAUCCCACACACUGUAUUGUCCAACGUUUAUCUUUGGACAUUCUUUCCGUAUGCUGUUUGGAUGUGAAAAAGGGUGUAUAAUGUGUCAUUAACUGGAAUUGCUAACAAUGCUAAUAUGAGACAAUGCUAACAAUGGUAACCAGGGACAUAAAAAGUGGGGCAUAUUUUAAUUGGAUACAUGGUAAAACACUGGUAAAUGAGUUUAGAAUGUUAAAUUGGAACUGUCAACUCAGCUGUGACAUCAUUCCCUGCUCCGAUUUCCAAGGUAAAUGGAACACAGCAUUAGAUCAUCAGCGUAUAAUUUGGGUGUGGGUGAGUAUUAUGAAGUGUGUGUAAAUAAUGGGUAUAUAAUAUAGUGGGUAUAUAAUGAAGUGUGAUGACCAAUUUUGUCUCUUCUUUUACACUCCAUGAAAAAGUUGAUUUAUGUAAUUUGUGUGGGGCAACAAUAAGUAAAACAAACAAACAAAUAUAAAUAUACAAACAUACACUUCAGCUUGGUUUGAUGGCUUGUGAUCAUUCAUCUUCCUCUUGAUUAUAUUCCAGAGGUUUUCAAUUUGGUAAAACCAAAAAUAAAAUAAAAAACUCAUAAUUUUUAAUGGCCUCUUAUUUUUUUUCCAGAGCUGUAUAUAUAUAUAUAUAUAUAUAUAUUAUACAUAUAUUAAUGCACCUUAAAUUUCCUUGAGAAAUUUAUUGCAGCUAAAAUUCCAUAUAUGAAGAUUUCAUAGACUAUUAAAAUUGUUAAAGAGCUGAACUAGAACGCAGCAAGCAAAAAUAUUUGAAAGUGCUUAAUAAACUCUUUCACACCUACAGCAGGGAUAUGCAUAUAAUCUGUAUAUGUAUCUAAUAUAUUUGUAUAUAUGACAAAAUAUGUAAUAAAAUACCUAUUAAAAUGUGUUCUUUGAAAUAAAGGCAUAAUGGGCAAUA